GCAAUACUAAGUGAAAAGCUUGUAUUCAGCAUUGCAGUAACAGUAUAGUCGAUCUUCAGUACAAGUGCAGUUUACUUACUAAGAUACUGCAUUAAGUUUUGACCAUCUGUGUUAAAGUAGACGUGUGUCCAUUCUAAUUGAAGAACAAAUUAUUUUCCAAUUUUAAGUCAGCCUACGACCAUGAAGUGGCGAACGACCAUCCUUAUCAUUGCAGUGCUUCUUGUGAGCAAAUGUCAUGGAAUUGCUCUGGAUUGUGUAUUUAGAUCGCAUAGUUUUUCAGUGAUUGGCAGUCGUUACGCGUGUGAUGCGAGAGUAUUAUUUGAUGCAAAUGAGAAUGUAACAACAGUGUAUGGACUUCACGAAGCUGGAAAAGGACAUGAAGAUGUGCACGGGAUAGUGAUACAGUCACAGAGUUUAGAAUUUGUCCCAACAAACAUCGAAAGUUUCUUUCCAAAUGUCAUUGCCAUCAGUUUAGGGGACAAUCAUAUAACCAGCAUCCAGAACAGACAUUUGGCCCCAUUUCCAAAUUUAGAAUAUCUAUGGCUGGCGGGAAACAAUUUUACUUUGGUGGAUGGCAGUCUUUUCUCAGGCUUAAAUUCAAUGAGAUUGAUUAGUUUCAAUUCAAACAGCAUCAGGCAUGUGGGUCACGAUUUGAAUUUGCCAUUAAAUGGUGAUGUACGCUUCUCUGCAAAUAGUUGUAUUAGUGAAACGGCAGCCACACCUGACGCUGUUGCUGCUUUAAAAUUGAAUUUGUUGCGCAACUGUCCGCCAACGAUAUCGCAAAUUGAAGAUUCACUGGAAACACGACCAAAUUUACUAACAUACACCUAUGGGCAAGUACAAAGCCUGCGGAAUGAACAGGCAAAUAUGUUAGGCAGAAUUGCAUUCUUGGAAUACAUCAUUGGAAAUAAACUUGAGACUACUCCCAAGGCUCAAUUUUUAAUUGAUAUGCUCAGAAGAAAUAACUAGACGAGUUGACGCUUCUAGCGCUCGCAUGUGGUAAAAAAUAAUUGAUUUGUCACCAUUUUUGAAAAUAAAAAUUGGCCAAAAAGUAA